AAAGAAAAAAAACAUUAGUUUCUCUCGUUAAGAUUUAUGGAUAUAUUCAAAGUCGUGCUUGCUUCUCUUCUCAUAUCUCUUCUUGUCCUCGACUUAGUUCAUGGCGAUAUGGUGACGUCGAAUAACAACGCCGCUAAAAUCGAUUGCAAGAGCAGAUGCCAGGAACGGUGCAGGCUCUCGAGUAGGCAGAAACUUUGUCACCGAGCGUGCGGGACUUGUUGUGCCAGGUGCAACUGCGUGCCACCGGGCACAUACGGAAACUACGACAAGUGCAAGUGCUAUGGUAGCCUCACCACCCAUGGUGGUCGCCGAAAGUGUCCUUAAAAUCAGUCGUUUUUUAAUUCGAUUUCCGUAAUACUACUUUUUUUGAAUAAUUGUUAUUAUUUUAUAUUGAAUUAAUACAU